UGCUGUCUGUCAGUGAAGACACUGAAUGAGACUCGAUCUGACUCUCUUCUGCUGGGAUUGAGUUCUUUUGAAGCUGGACUUUAGAGAAAUGAUGCUCAUCUUUGGACUGAUGCUGCUGCUGCUGCAAACUGCUGCAUGUCUGGAGUUUAACUGCAGUUUUGAUCAGUCUGAUCCCUGUUACACAGCUCUGGGACACAAACUCAAUCUGCUGAUGUUGCGGGAUGCUAGUGAAUAUGACCUGAAGAUACAAAAGAGAAUAAACAACAACACAGCAGAUGAUCCAGUUUGUAGAGUAAAGAAUGACAGAAUGAAGGAAUGUGAUCUUUAUAAUAACAGACCUGAAGUGACAGUCAUUAAUGGGAUUCUGAUAAUAAACCGUGUGAUCAGAGCCGAUUCAGGGAAUUACAGAUUAACUCUCGAGAGCUCAGACGGCUCAGAAACAUCUAGAGAUCUUCAAGUGAUUGUUGAAGCUCCCGUUGGCUCAGUGGAAGUGUCAAUCAUCUGUUCCUCCAGUGGGGGGAUGAGGGUGUUCUGCUCCUCUGAGGGGGAUCAUCUCCUCUACAGCUGGACUCUGAAUGGAGAUCCACUGAUGGAUGGAAACAGCAGCAUUGAUCUGGAUGAGGGAACUGAUGGAGACAUCAGCUGCAGCGUGAAGAACCACGUCAAUCAUGCACAGAAGACCAUUAGACUCAAACCCUGUCCUGGUCUGGAUCGGUUCUGCAGGUUUGAUCAGUCUGAUCCCUGUUAUGCAGCUCUGGGACACAAACUCAAUCUGAUGAUGGUGCAGGAUGAUAUUAAAUAUGACCUGAUGCUAAUGAAGAUAAUAAACAACACAGCAGAUGAUCCAGUUUGUAGAGUAAAGAAUGGCAAGAUGAGGAUGAGUCAGUGUGAUCUUUAUAAUAACAGACCUGAAGUGACAGUCAUUAAUGGGACUGUGAUAAUAAACCGUGUGAUCAGAACAGAUUCAGGGAAUUACAGAUUAACUCUCUUUCACUCAGAUGGCUCAGAAACAUCUAGAGAUCUUCAAGUGAUUGUUGAAGCUCCUAUUGGCUCAGUGGAAGUGUCAAUCAUCUGCUCCUCCAGUGGGGUGAUGAGGGUGUUCUGCUCCUCUGAGGGGGAUCAUCUCCUCUACAACUGGACUCUGAAUGGAGAUCCACUGAUGGAUGGAAACAGCAGCAUUGAUCUGGAUGAGGGAACUGAUGGAGACAUCAGCUGCAGCGUGAAGAACCACGUCAGUCACGCACAGAAGACCAUUAGACUCAAACCCUGUCCUGGUCUGGAUCGGUUCUGCAGGUUUGAUCAGUCUGAUCCCUGUUACACAGCUCUGGGACACAAACUCAAUCUGAUGAUGGUGCUGGAUGCUAGUAAAUAUGACCUGAAGAUACAAAAGAGAAUAAUCAACACAGCAGAUGGUCCAGUUUGUAGAGUUAAGAAUGACAGGAUGAGGAUGAGUGAAUGUGAUCUUUAUAAUAGCAGAACUGAAGUGACAGUCAUUAAUGGGACUGUGAUAAUAAACCGUGUGAUCAGAGCAGAUUCAGGGAAUUACAGAUUAACUCUCGAGAGCUCAGACGGCUCAGAAACAUCUAGAGAUCUUCAAGUGAUUGUUGAAGCUCCUAUUGGCUCAGUGGAAGUGUCAAUCAUCUGCUCCUCCAGUGGGGUGAUUAGGGUGUUCUGCUCCUCUGAGGGGGAUCAUCUCCUCCACAGCUGGACUCUGAAUGGAGAUCCACUGAUGGAUGGAAACAGCAGCAUUGAUCUGGAUGAGAGAAUUGAUGGAGACAUCAGCUGCAGCGUGAAGAACCACGUCAGUCACGCACAGAAGACCAUUAGACUCAAACCCUGUCCUGGUCUGAAUCGGUUCUGCAGAUUUGAUCAGUCUGAUCCCUGUUACGCACUUCUGGGACACAAACUCAAUCUGAUGAUGGUGCUGGAUGCUAGUGAAUAUGACCUGAAGAUACAAAAGAGAAUAAUCAACACAGCAGAUGGUCCGGUUUGUAGAGUAAAGAACGGCAGGAUGAGGAUGAGUCAGUGUGAUCUUUAUAAUAACAGACCUGAAGUGACAUUCAUUAAUGGGACUCUGAUAAUAAACCGUGUGAUCAGAGAAGAUUCAGGGAAUUACAGGUUAACUCUCGAUCGCUCAGAUGGCUCAGAAACAUCUAGAGAUCUUCAGGUGAUUGUUGAAGCUCCUAUUGGCUCAGUGGAAGUGUCAAUCAUCUGCUCCUCCAGUGGGGGGAUGAGGGUGUUCUGCUCCUCUGAGGGGGAUCAGCUCCUCUACAGCUGGACUCUGAAUGGAGAUCCACUGAUGGAUGCAAACAGCAGCAUUGAUCUGGAUGAGAGAACUGAUGGAGACAUCAGCUGCAGUGUGAAGAACCACGUCAGUCACGCACUGAAGACCAUUAGACUCAAACCCUGUCCUGGUCUGGAGUUUAACUGCAGUUUUGAUCAGUCUGAUCCCUGUAACGCAGCUCUGGGACACAAACUCAAUCUGAUGAUGGUGCAGGAUGCUAGUAAAUAUGAUCUGAAGAUAAUAAAGAGAAUAAACAACAACACAGCAGAUGGUCCAGUUUGUAGAGUAAAGAAUGGCAGGAUGAGGAUGAGUCAGUGUGAUCUUUAUAAUAACAGACCUGAAGUGACAGUCAUUAAUGGGACUGUGAUAAUAAACCGUGUGAUCAGAGCAGAUUCAGGGAAUUACAGAUUAACUCUCGUUCACUCAGACGGCUCAGAAACAUCUAGAGAUCUUCAAGUGAUUGUUGAAGGUCUGGAUCGGUUCUGCACGUUUGAUCAGUCUGAUCCCUGUUAUGCAGCUCUGGGACACAAACUCAAUCUGCUGAUGGUGCAGGAUGAUAUUAAAUAUGACCUGAUGCUAAUGAAGAUAAUAAACAACACAGCAGAUUAUCCACUUUGUAGAGUAAAGAAUGGCAAGAUGAGGAUGAGUCAGUGUGAUCUUUAUAAUAACAGACCUGAAGUGACAGUCAUUAAUGGGACUCUGAUAAUAAACCGUGUGAUCAGAGCAGAUUCAGGGAAUUACAGAUUAACUCUCGUUCACUCAGAUGGCUCAGAAACAUCUAGAGAUCUUCAAGUGAUUGUUGAAGCUCCUAUUGGCUCAGUGGAAGUGUCAAUCAUCUGCUCCUACAGUGGGGGGAUGAGGGUGUUCUGCUCCUCUGAGGGGGAUCAGCUCCUCUACAGCUGGACACUGAAUGGAGAUCCACUGAUGGAUGGAAACAGCAGCAUUGAUCUGGAUGAGGGAACUGAUGGAGACAUCAGCUGCACUGUGAAGAACCACGUCAGUCACGCACAGAAGACCAUUAGACUCAAACCCUGUCCUGGUCUGGAUCGGUUCUGCAGGUUUGAUCAGUCUGAUCCCUGUUACGCAGCUCUGGGACACAAACUCAAUCUGAUGAUGGUGCUGGAUGCUAGUAAUAUGACCUGAAGAUACAAAAGAGAAUAAUCAACACAGCAGAUGGUCCAGUUUGUAGAGUUAAGAAUGACAGGAUG